AUGCAAGCUAUAGGCCCUGUAGUGGCCUGGGCGGCUGGAAAACGAGAAUUGGCGAAGAUCGACUUAUCAAAGGCAUUCCACGCCAUUCCGGUUGUGGAAGAGCAGCAAUGUUACUAUGCGUUCUUAGAUCGCAGAGGACAAGCGUAUAAGUACCAACGGAUGCCAAUGGGUGCGAUGUGUGCACCUAAGCAUUUCGCGGUAGUUAUGUCGAAAGUCCUUGGGGAUCUUGUUGACAACGACAAGGUCAACGUGCGCUCGUAUCAGGACGACAUCAUAGUAGCAGGUAUGUCGAAGGGGGAAGUAGAAGCAAGAUACCGGCGGGUAAUUACGCACUUGAGACGUUAUAACUUUAAGAUAAACGCAAAGAAGUCAUCCAUGAGUGAUGACAUAGUGAUUCUGGGAUACCAGUUUUCACCGGACAAGAUAAGCAUCCCUCAGAAGAAAUCUGAGGAGAUAAGAUUGAAGCUAAGAUCAUCAUGCGCAGCUGAUGUAGUGAAAGCGACACAUCAGCUAACAUAUGCAGGCGGGCAUGGUGGUUAUCUACAACGGUCAAACCGUGAUGACGGAAUCACUGGCCCUUACUAA